UCUAUCCUAUUUCACCAUCUCUCAUGAUGGCAAUCACAGAAGACGUCUUUCUUUUCCUCUGUAUUCUCAGCUCUGCAUGUGCGCUAUACAAACAAUGGGUCUCAGACACUAACUUUGAAAAUGCAACAAACUGGGACAAAGAUUUAGUGCCUUGCGGGAGUGACCAAGUGGAGUUUCCAGAACAGACCAAAGUAGCUGUGUAUGUGGGGGCAGCUCAUGCACUUUCCGGAAUGAUCCUGCCUAUGGAUGGAGAGUUUAUCCUAGCCUCAAGAGCUGGUUUUUCCAUCACAGAAGGUCAUGAUCCUGCUUGUGGUGAAGGUGUCAUCACACAGUUCAAAGACCAUAACUCUCUGAAGUGGUUCGACCCAGCUCUGUGGAAGGCGGCAGCUUCUUUAGAUGACCUGCACAGAGGCUCAUAUCUCUUCUUCGUCCAUGAGGAGAGUGUUCCUUGUCAGCAUGACGAUGCAGUGUUCCGGGAUGCCUCGUCUUUCCGUGUGGACAUAUCGGCGAAUGGAGGCAGUGUACUUGUCAAGAGUGUAUCGAUUUUGGGCCAGACUUUCAGCAACAACUUUGACUUUUCUCAUUACAUGGCAUCAAGUCUGGGUAAACUUCAGUUCCAUGGAUCCUCCUCACUCAGAGUUGAUGGGUCAGCCUGCAAUGACCCCACGGGGUGCCCGUGCGGAAAUUCGGCCAACCGUGAUUGGAUCUGUGCAAAUAUAGAGUGUUCCCAGCUCGACUGCAAGAAACCCCUGCAUCCAGUGGGCCACUGUUGCGAUGUCUGUGGUGCCAUCGUGACCAUUCAGUUCUCUGCCAACUUCAACCUUGAAUCAUAUCGCCAACACAUGCAGAAUCUCUUCCUCAGCCUGCCCAAUUACAGGUCUCUCCAGAUGGCUUUGUCAAAGGUGUCAAAAACACACAGACUGCUGGGAGUCAUUCCUUAUGAGACUACUCAUGAAAUCCAGGUGGUUCUCCAGGACCAGAAUGCAGGUCCAGCAUCUGGCAUGUUAGCGGAGGCUCUUGCCCGUGAGGUACUGAAAGACGCCAGCGCCCAUGGUUCUGAGCUGGGCAUUGACCGUGCAGAAUUCCAUGCCUCUUCAGGGGCAAGUAGUAGUGAUGUGUCUGCAGCGAUAGCUGGAAAUGUGGCAGCGGGUGUGCUGGGCACUUUGGCUGUGCUGGCUUUCAUUGUCCUCAUGGUAGUUCUGCAUCGGCGAGGUAGGCUCAGCAUGCCACAUUUGCCCUCUCUCAGAAGACGGAGGAAGGAUGGUGAGAUUGGAGAACCAGGUGGGCCCAUAGACCAUGGCUUUGACAAUCCCAUGUUUGAGAAGACAAACAUGAUACCUGAUGUACCUGGGCUAUAUGGAGUAGAGAGUCUGAAUACCAUUACUUUAACACAGUCAGGUGUGCAUUUCAUAAAUCCUGUGUAUGAUGAAACUGAUUUCAGUGCAUGAGAUGUACACAAUCUUUCUACCAGUAAUUUGAUUAUAGAAUAAUCACCUUUGAAAUAGUUUAUUGAAAGCAUGACUUUAGUUGUUGACAUGACAAACAAAACAGUUAUGAAUGCACACUCAUUUAUCUCAGUGAUGUAAUGUCAAGAUAAUGAUGAAAAUGGCAUCUGAUUUUAAAAAAUGUUAAUAGAUUUUUAAAAAUUAUUUCACAUCAAAUAGAAUUCAAAAUGAGGUCAUCUUUGGCUCAUUAAUGCAUACAUGACACUGUAGGGCAAUGUUGUUAGUUUUCAUU